GGCGGUAUGGCUUCAGUAAUGACAACCGGGCGAUGGGCUGAUGAGGAUCCCGUAUCACCAAGCAACCGGGAGGUGCCAUCCACCACCGAGACGGAUAUUGAUCCCGAGACUGGUCUCAAGACCAUAACCGAGUACCAAGAGCGGGACGGUGCUGUAUAUAAGGUGACGAGGGUCGUCAAGGUCACCACUGUACGAGUGACUUGCAGCAAGGCUGAGUCAGAAAGACGGAGACAUUGGACUCCCUUUGGAAAGGCUGUGGAGAUGAAUAAAAAUAAUACCUUUGCGAAUCGUACCGAAGAUGAGAUCAAUCUGGAGCCCAGCAAGCUUACUGGUGCCAGCGCUGCUGCUGAGGAUGAGACUGGUGCCGAUCAGGAGAAAUUCUGGACGGCGAGUGUGGACCAAGUCCUCGGUCUCAACAAGAAGAAGGUUAGCGUAUGGACUAAGUUCCGUGGUGAGAGUGAAGGAGAGGCCGACGGCGAAGCUGAGAAGGAGGCGAUUCCGCUCCGUACUCACACGACUGGCCGCUAUGUGCCACCCAACCAGCGUGGUCUUGGUGGUGGUGCUAGACCAUUCGACCAACAGAAGGACAGAGAUGAGCACACUUUGCGUGUCUCUAACCUUUCUGAAGAUGUUGGUGAUGGUGACCUUCAGCAGCUCUUCUCUACCGCUGGCCGUGUGCAGAGGAUCUAUCUUGCCCGCAACCCCGAGACUGGGCUCUCCAAGGGCUUCGCUUUCGUCACGUACUACAACAAGAAGGAUGCUGAGAAGGCUUUGGAAAAGCUCAACGGACACGGUUACGAUAACCUUAUCCUUAAGCUCGACUGGGCCAAGCCUGCUCAGCCGAGGGGAGACCGUCCGCCACGUCGCUAGACGAAAGGUCAGCUACUGCUGUUGGUUGGUGCCUAGUUUAGGAGGUGCUAUGUCGUUAAUAUUACAAGCCAACAGGAGUCUUGGAGU